GAGGAGGAUCGACUGGUCCCACUUACACCCCGACGGUCGUUCCAUCCACACCUGUGAGUGCUGCUGCGCUGCGCUGGCAACUGUGUCCCAAUCCCAACUGUGUCGCUCUUCUAUGUGCGUCCCCUUGUGUCAUGUCUUUCUAAAUUGAUUGCGAAUUUAAAAUCAACCAAAACAGGAAACGCGAAUUGGACGACACGCCAGCGGACAUUUAUUUUCGUGGCGAAAUUCAUCGGUAAAAGAAGAAGAAGAGAAAACAAAAAAAGUGUCUCGACGAGUGUAAACAGACGAUGGCUCUGGCGGCCGGUUCGUCAGCCACAUCAGCUCCAACGGCCGGAUCGAGGAGCUCAGCGGCAACACCGCCGGAUCAACCGACUUUUCCACUCAUGCCGACUCCGCUCUUUCCAGGAGGUGGCGCAGGUGCUGGUGCUGGCGGAGGAGGUGGUGGUGGUGGAGGAGGACUGAUCCCGCCACCACCGGCGCUCCCGACGCUGAAUUUCAGCGUCAGCCAAGUGGCGACCGUUUGCGAGACGCUGGAGGAGAGCGGCGACAUUGAGCGACUGGGCCGGUUCCUCUGGUCGCUGCCGGUGGCCCAUCCGAACAUUGGCGAGUUGAACAAGUCCGAGGCGGUGCUGAGAGCCCGGGCCUUGGUCGCCUACCACAUGGGCAACUACCGCGAGCUCUACCACAUCGUCGAGUCGCAUCGGUUCACCAAAGACUCGCACGGCAAACUGCAGGCCAUGUGGCUCGAGGCUCACUACCUGGAAGCUGAGAAGCUGCGCGGGCGACCGCUCGGACCCGUCGACAAGUACCGCGUCCGCAAGAAGUUCCCGCUGCCCAGGACCAUCUGGGACGGUGAGCAGAAGACCCACUGCUUCAAGGAGCGCACCAGGAGCUUGCUCCGAGAGUGGUACCUCCAGGAUCCUUACCCGAAUCCCACCAAGAAACGGGAACUGGCCCAGGCGACGGGACUCACGCCCACGCAGGUCGGCAAUUGGUUCAAAAACAGACGCCAAAGAGACCGGGCUGCCGCCGCUAAAAACCGGCGGAUGGGAGGUCACGGAGGACACCACAACAGUUGCAACUAUUCGUCAGGGUCUUCGGCCGGUGGCGGACCGACUAGCAACAAACGCCAUCGACCGGAUCACAGUCCCAACGGAAACGAUUCAGACGACGACGUCGAUCUGCUGAUGGACGACGCCAACGGAUCGGGUCCUCUCAGUCCCGGCGCUGAAUCGCUCAUCGAUUCGGACAAUUCCGACAUCUCGCUGACGGGUCCCCCGUCGCCGGUGGGCGAUUUGACUUCCGCCGGAGCUGCGUCCAUCACUCCCGGUUCGGGUGGUGGUGGUGGCGUCGGCGGCAGCGACGCCGCCUCCAUCCUCAAGUCCAGCAUCGGAGGUCAACAGUCGAAUGCGCUGGCCAUGUCGGCCGGUGGACUUCUCUCCGAUUCCAUUCACCAUCACUCGAGAGAUCGCGAUCAUCAUCAUCACGCGGCCGCCAUGGCCUUGUCUUCGGCCGGCCUCAUUGCACCGCCGCCGCCAUCCCAUCACCACCAUCACCACCCAUCGGCCUUUACCUUCGGACACCACCCGCAUCACCACCCUUCAUUCGGUGCGAAUUCUCUGAUGGCAGCAGCGGCCGGUCUUCACUUCAAUUUGGCGGCGUCGCUGGGCAAUGCGCCGUUGACUCCGUUCGGAGCUUUCGGCAAUUUGUCCAACCCUUUUGCGGCGGCCGUGGCGCCGUUCGGCGUCUCUUCUCGAUUCAACAGCAACCGGCCGAACGGCUCCAGCGGCGGCGGAGGUAAACCACCGACGUCGUUCGACAUGUCGCUGGCAGAGACGCUGGGCCAUCACCACCACGCGGCGGCGAUGGCUGCGGCGGCAGCGGCCGCCGAGCUGGCGGCCUACCAUCACGCCGCCCAGCAGCAGCACCACCAGCAGCAGCAGCAACAGCAACAACAACAACAACAACAGCAACAGGCCACGACGCAGUCGAGCCUCGUCAGUCCGAUUGAGCCGCUGAAAUUGAAAAGCGAUCUCAUCAUCACCAGCAACAAAUCGAACCACAGCGAGAGCAGCCACAGCAGUCGAAGUAGCAACAGCAGUCAGCACAGCGGAAGAUCGACGCCGCCGACGCCACCGACGCCGCCAACACCGCAAAAGACGUCCAUCGUCCAUCACCAGCACGAAAUCGUGGCCGAAACUGGGACUCAGAGUUAGAAAAAAUCUCCAAUUGUUCCAAGUCAAAAGUCUGCUGUAAAAAAAAGUAAAAGAAAAAAAGAAAUCACGUUUUGAAUUAGCUUGAAAUUAAUUCAGUUUUCCCCACUAAAAUUCGUCACUUGAACCCAAAAAACAAAGAAAUAGAAAAAAGACGUUUGUUGUUGGCGCAAUGAAUGAUUUGUUGGCGUGGACGAUUGUAUAACUAUAAAACUUACAUAUUUACUAUAAUAAUUAUUAGAGCUGCUGCAUUUUCUUGGCCCUUAUAUAAAAAGAGACAAAAAAAUAAUUCUUUCAUUUUUAUUUUUAUUUUUUUUUUGAAUUACUUGUGUGUAACUGUGUAUAAUAUUUCAGUGGUUUUGUUUUUAUCUUUCGACCUCUCCGCGUCUAUUACUUUUUUUUUUACCUUCUCUCUCUCUCUCCACCUGGUUAUAUUGGCGAUUUGCAUCGCGUUCGAUGAGCUUUGUACAUGACACAUGGACAUUGAUUUAUUCCACCUCUCCUUUUUCUCGCCCUCCCAUUCGUGUGUACGUGAGUGUUCUUUCAUUUUUUUUUAUUCAUUUUUUUAUUUGCUAUAGAGUACGGACGGUUUGGUCACAUCUACCAAUCGUCCAGUUUUGGUUACAUACAUAUUAUAAUUAUCAAACUACCCAUGGUGUAUAUCCGUUUAUAAUCUUCCCUUUUAAUUUUCGGUUUGUUUUUUGUGAUGACCUUUUUUUUUUCAAUGAUCAACUUAUACAAUACGAGAAGAUUUAAAAAAGACAAAAAAAAAAAUGUUAUUUUGAGAUUUUUAAAAAAUUUCCUUUUUUGGGUGUGUGUGUGUGUGUGAGACUGCUGGACCUAUCUGUUUGUCCUGUCCUAUCUCUCCUCUAUAUAGCCAGCCUCUAGCUAUAGACAGCAUCCGCCCAUAUCCGGCGCUUCAUCGAUUCACUACGCAGUCUGUUGGGCUAUACUCUGACGUGUGCUACAUAAAAAGCUGUCCAGAUAUAAACGAAAGAGAAAGAGGGGAGGGAUAACUUUUUUUUCGGCGUUCAAAUUUCUCGAUUGGCUUAUUGAAACCGACGAAAAUAUUUUGUUUGAAAAAUGGCCAGGGAUGACGAAUCAUCGGCCGAUUUUAACACAUUUGUUCCUUUGGUUUUCUAUUUUUUCAUUUCCUUUGGUUCUUUUUUCAGACAGAAAAAGAAAUGAGAGAAUUGGUUGUUUUUAUCCCGAUUUUGAUUGAUAUUAUAUAUUCAUCAUUUAUUCAUAGUCACGCGCACGUUUCAAUGUCUUUAGGAUUUAUUGCAAUCAUGACCCUUUUAUUACUAUACAUUCGAUUUGUCUUUUUGUUUGAAUACUGUGGCGACGACCUCAUAUAGACAGUCCUAAAGAACAGAAAAAAAAAUCACACGAUUGAAUGACACUCUACUGACUCACACAUCAAGAAAGACAAAACAACCAAAAAAUGAACAAAAAAAAGAUAAGCAGCUCGCAAUAAACCUU